AUGUUCUCCAAUUGGCAAGAAUUAGCGAAAAGACCCAAAUUGGCUAACGUAGUUGUUAUUGUGACAUUGGAUAACCUUUAUGCUGAGUUGACCAUAGCUUUUGCCAUAUUGUACAUGUCUCUAUAA